AUGCUACGAUCAUUAAGAUGGGAAUUAAUACGCAAUCCAACACAGUACUGGUCAUCAAUGCCAUCAGUUCUUUCAGGUUUUGUGUUAGGUGUGCUUACAGGUUGUUUGAUUUUGGCUGUUAUACUCUCACUGUGGUUGAUACCGGUCAUCAAAACAGAAGUAACGACGACAUCAAUAACAACGAUAACCAUAUCAACAACAACGAUAACCACAUCUACGUCAGUUACAUCAACAACAACAAGUAGGACAACAUUCAUGUUUUUAUUCACAUAUUCACAAAAAUAUUCGUCAAAUUGUAUUUUCAAAAGAUGUUAUAGUUGAUCAGUGUGAUACAUAUUCAUGACUAACGAGAGAAAGUCCUCAACUAUCUAAUUACCUUACCGUCGAAACAUACUUGACCAUAUGCUAUUCAUUGCGUUGAUCCAAAAUACGAAAUUCCUAGCUAGAGAGCUGUGGGUCUGCGUUAGAUCUUCGAUAGUUCCAUACUAGUUUCGAUCUUGAAAACUGUGCAACAGUUCUUUUGAGUAGUUAAUCUGAAUUUAUGAUCUUGAACUGUCAUCGAUUUAGUCCGCAUUCCAAGAUUUGAUGUUUGUUGAAUCAGGACCUCAGUCCAUAUCUACAUCUAACUGCAGUCCCAGUUAAUUCGUUGAAAAGAAAGAAUAACAGGAGAGUAAAUAAAAAUAAAUGACGUUAUAUUGACUUCAUUUCCGAGAUUAAUCAGUAAACAAUCGAGCUCUUGUGUCUUGAGCAGUCAUCCUAUUCCGCAAAGGUGAACAUUCCGAAACCAGUUCCGAC